CCUGGUAUUCUCCGUGAUGAGGGAGUUGAUCCCAUUCCUCUCUUGUUUAAGGUCAUUAUAAAAAGACUGGUCGGAUGGCAUGUUCUUCCUCCUUCUUGUGUUCCUGAUAGUUGUAUUGUCAACAUUUAUGAAGAAGGGGAUUGCAUUCCACCUCACAUUGAUAGCCAUGAUUUUGUUCGACCCUUUUGCACCAUAUCAUUUCUUAGUGAGUGUAAUAUAAUGUUCGGAUCUAACCUAAAGACUGUGGGUGCUGGUGAAUUUAGCGGAUCAACUGCAAUUCCGCUGCCAGUCGGGUCUGUACUUGUCUUGAAUGGGAAUGGAGCAGAUGUUGCCAAGCAUUGUGUUCCAGCUGUUCCUACUAAAAGGAUAUCUAUAACAUUCAGGAAAAUGGAUGAAUCAAAGCGUCCAUUUGGGUUUGUUCAGGAACCAGAUUUGCAGGGGCUUCAGCCUCUGCCUUAUAACCUGGAUGACUCAAAAAGGUUGAAUCCUUUGAAGGUGCAGCCACAAAUGAACCGACAGGCAGUUAAAAGAGAGGUUCUUCCAGAAAAGGAUAGAGGGUUACUUGGACCAGAGCCACGCAAUUUUCUUCGCCAUCAUUCAGGGCCUCCCAAUAGGCGAAAGGUUAGGGUGACUUUGGGCACUUAAAACCACACUUGGAAGUUUCCUGGGAAAAGAAAGAGCAAAAAAAUCCAUUUUUUCUUCUUCAUUUUUUAUUGUUUCUCGGGUAAGCUUUGAUAAACCAUAUGUUGAUUUCUUGAAUCCGUUGUUGAGGGGGGUUGUCAUGAAUGGUUAACUAUUGAUAAUGGGAGAGAGAUGUGUGUCCAUAGCGUGCCUAGCUUGUAACUAAUAGGCAUGUUGCCUUCUGAGUUUAUUCUGUAUGAUUUGAGUUUUGUAUAGCCCUGAAGUCACAGUGAUUUUAGAACCAAAAGAAAAUAAUGUCUAUGAUUUGCUGUUUCUGAAA